AUCCAAGGUUUCAGGGCACUAAAGCUUCGUCCUGCUCAAAGCCCUCUCUGGCUUUCUUUCUUGUGGUGACGUUUUGUUGUUAACUUAUUUUCCAAUGGCUCGAGAAUUCAAACUCCUCUCUGUCCUUUGGCUGGUUGCAGCCUGUUUUGCCAUCUCAGGUGAUGCAGUCAACAAAGUUUCUGCUACAUCUGCACCAUUAGGUCAGAGUACUACAUCUAUAGCUACGACAAUAACAACAGCUGCUCCAAACACUACAUCUGCACCAUCAGGUCAGAGUACUACAUCUAUAGCUACAACAAUAACAACAGCUGCUCCAAACACUACAUCUGCACCAUCAGGUCAGAGUACUACAUCUAUAGCUACGACAAUAACAACAGCUGCUCCAAACACUACAUCUGCACCAUCAGGUCAGAGUACUACAUCUAUAGCUACAACAAUAACAACAGCUGCUCCAAACACUACAUCUGCACCAUCAGGUCAGAGUACUACAUCUAUAGCUACGACAACAAAAGCAACUCCAGCCACUACAUCUGCACCAUCAGGUCAGAAUACUACAUCUAUAGCUGCUUCAACAACAACAGCAGGACAGACUACAACAUCUACUGAUGCUACAGCAACAGCAGGUCCAAGCACCACAACCGCAGCUGCUACAACAACAACAACAGUUCUUCCAACCACAAAGCCAGACCCUUGUGCAGUCAACCCAUGUGGUGAUGGGAGCACCUGUGAGCCCCGUGCCAAUCAAACAUUUGCAUGCUUGUGUCUGGCUGGUGAUUUCUACAAUGAACUGAGCAAACGUUGUGAGAUUUCCAAAGUUUUCCCUGGACAACUAGUUCUGCAAAAUUUAACAUACAAUAAAAAUAUGACUGACAAGACCUCACCAACAUUUCAAGAGGCCUCGCAAACAAUUAUUGCCCAGCUGUCAGAUGUUUUCAGGACACAUUCUGGUUACUCUGGAUCUACAGUGCUGGAACUACAGCCCAUAAAAAGAAGCAAAGCAUGGUCAAGGUCAGAGAAUGGGGUCGAUGCAUCUGUAGAGAUCAUCUUCAAACCAAAUGCUAACAUCACAUCAGAGGCUGUUAAGAAAAUGUUUGAAAAUGCCACCAUGUGUUCGGACUGCCCACUGAAAGGUGCAACUUUCAAUGAGGGAAAGCUGUGUGAUAAGAAUGCCUGUGAUGUGAAAACUACAAACUGUGAUUCAAAAGAUGGAUCUUUUAAGUGUUCCUGUAAGGAAGACUACAUUAAGACGGACUUCAGUAGCAGAAUUUGCGUUGCUUGUCCCAGUGGCCAAAAAGCCGAAGGUUCCAUUUGUGUCAAUUGCCAAUUUGGUUAUUCUGGCUUGAACUGCAGUGAAUCGUGGCAGCUGGUGCUGGUAAUCGUUGGCUCUGUGCUCGGGGGGCUGCUGCUCAUCACACUCAUUCUUCUGCCUGUGGUGGCAAGCAUGUGCUCAAAGAAGAGCUCUAAGAAGAACAAAAAUGCAGACAUUGGGAAGUCUUAUGUCAGCAACUCUCCUGCCAAGGCCCCGUUGGUUAACCGCGGCUACGACAAUAACCAGGCAGCCUCACUUAAUGGGUCAGCCUAUGCUAGUGCUGGGGUGCCUAGAAUCCCACGGGCCACAACCACCAGCUGGGACAGCAAGACCAACCUGGAGAUGACUCCGAGCAACAGCCGACAAAACCUGGUCCCUGCGGGGAGAAACUCGAGGCUUUAUGAAGAAACAGAUGACGUGAACCCAUAUGCUCAGGCUCGAACCCAGAGCAGCCUCUACGGUCAGAAUCGACCUCAGAUCAACCCGUAUGCUUCGAGUCAAGGCCAUACCAACCCUUACUACAUGCAUGGCAAUGGAAGACAGUUUGAUUAAUGAGGAACCAUGAAGGUUCAUCCUACAAUGACAUUUUCCCAGAUCAAAAACAUGUUUAAGUUUCAUUGGAAACACCUUAGAAAUCUUUUUUUCCUCUAUUUUUACACCCAAAUAUAUGUACACUGUUAAUAUCACAUGAUGGUAAAAGUUAAACAGAAGCACAGUGGUUACAUAGGUCUUGUCAAAUUGCUGAAGAAAUGUGCAUUAAUGAAUAUUACUCUAACGUAUGGCAGUUAUGUCUUUUCACCACACUGACAGAGUGAACUCUAUUCCGACAAAUUAUAAGCUGUCAUGAAUCAUUCCUGUCUUUGAAUGAAUCAUCAUCUUUGUAAAGUUUUAUUGUCAGUGGAUUCUCAAUAAUUUUAUUGUCUAUCAAUUAAAAUAUGAACUUUAUAUUUAACAGAAAUAUUUAACAGAAAUUGAUACUCAGAUCAGGCUGAGACCCAGAAAUGAGGAGCAGCCUUGUAUCAUUCUCUUGUCUCACUCAUCGAUGAAUUACAAAUAAUCCAUUUGUACAUUAAAUGUUUUAGGUUUAUGAUGAUGAGUCACAGGCUUAUGUUUAAGUUGGAGUUUUUCCUCCAAAUCAGGGCAUGUUGGUCUCUAUAUAUUUCAGGAUAAUUUGUGUAAAAUGUUUACUACAGUGAAAUUGUUAGAUGUUCUGUUUUGUAUAAGUGAGAGAAUAUUUUGUUUAUUUUUAACCCCUUUCAUAUCUGAUUGAUACCAAGCUGUUAUUCAACAUGAAUAAAACAACAGCAUUUAAAAGUAUAUGACCUCUUAUUGUAUUGUAUCAGUUUUCAUUUGUCACAUAUAAUAUAAUAUUUAAUAAAUUGUAACCUUAAAUGUUUAAAUACAUUAAACCCUAUUUCAAAAUAAAGGACUUUCCACUACUA